CAUCUCACUUGAAAGUCUAAAAACUACUGCUUCUACUGUUAUAGUUUACUACCGCUACUGCUUCUACAAACCCCACAGGUCCACUGGCAGUUAUUCUUUGUUGUCUUGGUCUUUUGCACUUGAGCAACACCACCCACAGACACUUGUAUCGAGAAAGGAAGAGUCUUUUGCUCAUUUUUCUACAAGAAACGUGAGAUUUUUCAAGCAGAGAUGAAGGAGAAGAGUGAAAGUGGAGGUGCGUAUGUGAGAGCAGAUCAGAUAGAUCUGAAGAGCCUAGACGAGCAACUCCAGAGGCAUCUAAGUAGAGCAUGGACUAUGGAGAAGAACAAGAACAAGAAAGAUGGAGAAGAAGGAGAAGGAGCACUGCAAAGACCUCUAAACAACACUGCAACAAGGCAAGAAUGGGAGAUUGACCCAUCUAAACUCAUAAUCAAAGGUGUUAUCGCUCGAGGCACCUUUGGCACGGUUCACCGUGGCAUUUAUGAUGGCCAAGAUGUUGCUGUUAAACUUCUUGAUUGGGGGGAGGAGGGUCACAGGUCAGAGGCUGAAAUAGCUUCACUUAGAACAGCUUUUACUCAAGAAGUCGCUGUGUGGCACAUGCUUGAUCAUCCUAAUGUAACUAAGUUUAUUGGGGCAACAAUGGGCUCAUCAGAGUUGAACAUACAAACUGAGAAUGGUCACUUCAGCAUGCCAAGUAAUGUUUGCUGUGUUGUUGUUGAAUAUUGUCCUGGCGGUGCUUUGAAAUCUUACCUCAUAAAGAACAGAAGAAGGAAGCUGGCAUUUAAAGUAGUAAUUCAACUGGCACUAGAUCUUGCACGAGGGUUGAGUUAUCUCCAUUCUAAGAAGAUUGUCCAUAGAGAUGUUAAAACAGAAAAUAUGCUUCUGGACAAGACACGUACAGUGAAAAUAGCCGACUUUGGUGUUGCUCGUCUGGAAGCAUCAAAUCCUAAUGACAUGACUGGAGAGACUGGAACACUUGGAUACAUGGCUCCUGAGGUUCUCAAUGGCAACCCAUAUAAUAGAAAGUGCGAUGUGUACAGUUUUGGAAUUUGCCUGUGGGAGAUAUACUGCUGUGACAUGCCAUAUCCAGACCUCAGUUUCUCGGAAGUGACAUCUGCUGUUGUCCGACAGAAUCUGAGGCCAGAAAUACCCCGGUGUUGCCCAAGUUCUCUUGCCAACGUAAUGAAGCGAUGCUGGGAUGCGAAUCCUGACAAGCGGCCUGAGAUGGAGGAGGUUGUGUCCAUGUUAGAGGCAAUUGACACAUCCAAGGGAGGAGGCAUGAUCCCUCUAGACCAACCUCAAGGUUGUCUCUUUUUCCGCAGGUAUCGAGGGCCAUAAAUGUUGUUUUAAGGAUUGUGGGACAGUGGGUUCUAUAUUAUUGGAAAUGGUAUCUAGUUCAUUUGAAGAUGCUGGGGUUGAAAAGCUGAGGUCAUAUAAACUGCGGAGGCUGUAGACUGAGAGGAGCCAUGCAGUGACUGUUCCUUUAUUGGAUAAGGCAUUCUGUAAAUCUCUUCUUUCUUUCUCUUUUUUUCUUGUUCUUGCUCUGCUUUGUAAGAAUUAUGUAUCUUAUUUGACUGGCCAUUCAUAUCAUGGAUAGGCCAGACACCCUUUUCUAUAUGAUGAGCCUUGAUAUCAAAA